CUUCCUUUCACAUUCAUAACCGAUUAGCCAACCCCCAUAUCUCUCUCUCUCACUCAUUCACUUUGAGUUUGACCUGUUGCCAGCCACCGGCAACUCUCGACUCCAAUGGAGACCCCACCCUGCACUGAUCUCUUAGUGGCAACAUUUGUUGAGUCUUCUCUUCUUACUUGCAGCUAAAAGCUUAAAUAACCUACCGUCUUCUUUCAUUUUCUCUUUUUCUUCUUCAAAAACCCUAAUCCAAGCCAUACACUGGCUCUCUCUAGGACGAAGAAGAGAGACAGAGAGAGAAAGAGAGGGGCUCACAAUCUCACACAUAUGCCCUUAGCUUUUACAAUUCAACCUCCUUUUGUUGUUUGGUGUUCUGCUUUUCUCUCUGGCCAUCAUCAUCAAGAUCUGUGCGCAAUUUUGCUUUUCUUUUCACAGAAACUUUUGUUGAUAGUGCAAGACAAGGAAGAGAUUGCAUCCCGUUCAGAUCAGGCUUUAAAAGAUAUGGGAACUUUCUUUAAAGCUGAUUUAGAAGAUAUAUGCAAGUUAAUUCUUCAGUUUUCAGUUUAGUUUGUUGAUGGGUUCUUUUGCAGCGUCCCCAUGAUUGCUCUUCCGUCUCUGCAACUUGGCGACUAGAUAUCAACAUCUCCUUUUCAGGUUCCGCCAUCAAAAACCAAUUUCUUGAUCUUUUUUUCCUUUAAAUAUAAGUUAUGGAUUCUGGCAGUAGUGGUAGUAUUCAAUCAUCAAGUGGUGGUGAAGAGUAUGAUUCAAGGCCGGAGUCGCUCCCAGCUUUCUUGAAUCCUUCUAGCCACUUCGGACCUUUAUCUUCAAACCCACAACACCAGCCUUCUCUUCUUCCUCACCACCAACAUGCCACUUUGUUUGAUCCUUCACCAAACUUUUUCCAUGCUUUCUCUCAGUCGCCAGCAAACCCAAAUCCCGGUACUUCACUACUAAAUCUCGACGUGGUUCGGCCACGAGGCCUAAGAUCUGACCCGGAUUGCACCGACCUUAAUUGCAACCUUCUAGGUUCUUCAGCAUCAUCAAGCCAAUCAAUCUUAGGGGCUCAAGGUUCAAAUCAAGGUCCGCUUCCAUCGAUGCAAUUGCGCUCCGUACAAUACAAUGGAGUUCGGUCUUCUUCUCCUUCUGAUCAAACCCAUGUAGUGGCCCGAAAUCCCAAGAAACGAACGAGGGCAUCCAGAAGGGCACCCACUACAGUUCUCACCACGGACACGUCCAAUUUUCGAGCAAUGGUACAAGAGUUCACUGGGAUCCCAGCACCACCAAUUUCAGGCUCGCCAUAUCCUCGAAGGCUCGAUCUUUUUGGCAUAGUUGGAUCGAAUAUGAGGUCUGGCCAUCUGGAAACAAUGGGCUCACUUAACCCUUUACGUCCCUCGGCUCAGAAGGUUCAUCAACAAUCUCCAUUUUUAUUAUCCUCCUCCUCCUCAUCAUCUUCUUUGUCUUCCUCUUUACUGUUGAACAAUACUGUGGUUAAUGCUACUAAUACUGCUACUACUACCGUCAAUAAUAACAACACAAUGACCUUAUCCACUCCAGCUACAACUAGUACUUUCAAUCCAGCUAGUUCUAUUAACUAUCAACUGGCUUCUGAGUUAGGCCUCUCUAAACAACCUCAAUCUAUGUUAAACAUGCAAAACCAAAUGCUCUCGUUUCAGUCACUUUUACAGCCUCCUAAUCUUCACCCAUCACUUAAUCUCCCUGGUUUGGGUGCAAAGUCUCAAGCAAGCAUCCCCUUUCAUUCGCUUGAUGAACUGGGUAUGAGCCAUGGGCAAAUUAAUGUGAACCUGAGUGGAUUAUCAAGUCAUGAAACAACAGAAGGGAUGCGACUGAGAAAUGAUGGAGCAGGACCGAACAACAAUGGGAACCAAGAUCACUUGAGGUGUUUCGAUAGCUGUAAGUUAAACUACUCAACUCCAUCGGAUUUUCACCAUGACAAAGGUCUGGAGAAUGUUCCUCCCAGAGGUGAAGGUACAGUGGAUUCAUGGAUUUGCCCUGCAGAAUAGGAAACGAAAUGGCUAGUUUGAGGAAGUAGAUCAUUGAUCAUCAGUAAAUGUUUUGCAGCAACAAAUUAACCAUGAUCAAAACAGUAGUAUGUUGUUGGCGAUCAUGAUCAUCAUGCUAAGAUUCUGUUUUUAACCUCAGGCUCACCGCUCCUUUGGUUUAGUUUACAGCAUCAUAUAUCAUCUAUUUCUUUCUUUCUUCCUUGUUUCUAAUAAAAAUGAACAAGAAUUUUAGUAUCAAA